UUCCAGGACAUGGCAUAUGCAGGUCUCGGAAGUGUCCCCGAAGAACCAAGUCUUAUCAGUAAUUUGUUGAGUCAAGAUUGAUGUUGUUGCUGAAACCUGGACCACAACAUGGAAGUUCAAAGCGCAAGGUGUCAUCAAGCCUGGAAGGGUUUGUGUUCGAAAAAAGGCCGCCAGACCGAGGCAGAGACGUUUGAAAUGUCUCCCAUUGAGCCCGACGGGGAGCUGAUUCAGAACCCGACCCUUUCCGAGAACUGCAAUCGGUACGACAUGCCAUUAAAUGAUGGGACAUUUCGUAAAUGGUAUGAUAUACUCAAAGCAGAUGACAUCUCGCAAUACCAGCACGUGAUGGCUGCCGCAGAAGAUGAGAUGAAAACGAGGCUUGUCAAUGGCCGUUUUGUUUACGGCCAAAGUCAUCUAAAACAAAGCGAAUCCCGCGUGAAGAUCACUCUCUUUUGUCGGCCGAUAAUCAUCGCCUCUUCAUUCUGCUCUCAGAAGUGUUUUCUUCAGCUACUAAAAGAUGGCGCUGAUGUAUCUCAACAUGACAUUAAUGAUAAUAACUGCAUUCAUAGUUUAGUGAUCGCAAAUUCUUUUAGGCGAGAAAUGGAGGAGUCUUACAUGCGAAUGUUUGAAUGUAUCCAAGAUAUCUGCGAUGUGACGACAUUGCAGUCAGUUCUGAUGAGUGAGAAUAGUGAUCACAUGCGGCCGCUAGAGCUCGCAACUAGGCUUGGAACAUACGGGCUCUUUAGGGCGUUCCUGGAAACAACUGGUGUCUAUAAAAAAGAAGUUGCGAGCAUUGGUAUCCAUAGUCGUGUCAAGUACAACCUGCUGGAGUAUGAGCAACUGAAACCGGGCAACAUGAAGAGGUGGCUGCGGUCGCCUCUGAGACUCCUGUGCUUCAUGGAAAAAGACCACCUUAACAGCUUCCUGACCAAUGGCAUCCACAAAAUGCCCUGCAUCCUUCACUGGAUGAACACAAAAGAGAAAAACAACAGAAUCUACGUCAUUAUCUGGAUGAUUCUUCGCUCCAUCUAUAUAAUCCUUCUCACGACAAUGGACAUGUCGUCACUGAAGCCAAACUUUCAGCGUCAGUCGUGUGACCAGAUGAACAGAAGCGACGCAACACUUGUCCAUUGGGCAUGCCGCAAGUCGGAAACCGAUGAAGAUGGCGUUAUGUCCGGUGACCGUGGAGUGCUGAUGAUUGGUAUUGCCACCAUUUCAGCAAUCUUAUUCUCAGUCUUGAUAAUCGUUGGUGAUGUAAUGGAGUUCGUACGGACUUGGGUUGAAAAGGAGAGACGCCUGUUGUGGAACAUGGGUACUCAAAGCACAUUUGUGGCUCACACAAACUUCUACCGCGUAUGCCAGCUCGGAAUGGCAUUAAUCUGCAGUUUUGGCGCAAUGGUUGCUUUUGCACUGGGAAAUAUCGACAGUAAACCAACCAUGUUCAUGAAAACACUCAAUCUUCCACUGAUUCUUCUCAGUGUGCUGUAUGUCUUGGAACCAAUCCCAGUCUUCGGGAUAUUUGCAUCUACUCUUCAACGCAUGGUCGCCGCAACUGUAAAAUUCAGUUUGCUUUAUGGUUUUAUUGAGUUUGUGUUCACAUUUUACAUUCUGACAUUGACAGACUUGGUCAAAACGACAUCUAUUAGCAAGGGAAUGUACUAUAUGUUUCUGAGCAGUUUGAACAUCGUCGACUUUGGACCGAAUCCUGAGCCGUAUGUUAAAUUUGUUCAUGUUCUUCACAAUAUGGUGGCGAAUAUAUUCCUGGUGAAUUACCUAAUAGCCGUAAUGACUAACUUGGCCUCGGAGCCAGCUGAAGUGACUGACAUCGUGCAGUCUAUUCGCAAGCUAGAUAUAUCCUACUUGGUUGAGGAAAGAACCAUCACGUGGUUUAGAAAUCUCACCCACCGCUGCAAGAAGAUGGGUGAACAGGAUUUUACAGUUCUUGUGGUGUAGAAUAUAACCGUUAAAAAUUGACUCCAAUGCCUUAUUCACAGACUUGCCCAAAAUCUACUAACGGACAAUUUAGCGGUCAAUGCGAACGCUGUACAUUCAUAGCUCCUUAAUUGUAGGUUUUUUCAUCACUAUUUCAAAUUAAAGAAGGACCAGAAAACGAAUAUCAAAUACAAAUUCAAAUAAACUUUCUUGACCCCAUUAUA